AUGCCCUCUUAUCUUACUAUCGAAGCUCAGCUGGAGGGCGUUACCGCUCUCCAGCCUACUGAUACCGAGGAGAACCCUUACUACUACACUUUCAGAGUGCAAUGUACCUCAUGCCGUGAAACUCACCCUAACUGGGUCAGCUUCAACCGCUUUGAAGAGAACGAGAUACCCGGCAGUCGGGGUGAGGCUAACUUUGUGUGGAAGUGUCGCCUGUGCACGAAAACUCACACUGCCUCAAUUGUCAACGGGCCCAAUGCCUACGAGGCCCAGGAGAAGCAGAAGGCCAUGAACAUCAUCGAAAUGGACUGCCGUGGUCUUGAGUUUAUUGAGUUCAAGCCUGAUGGUGACUGGGAAGCCAAGGGUGUUGACUCUACUACCACUUUCUCUGGCAUUGACUUGCUUGAGGGUGAAUGGUAUGACUACGAUGAAAAGAAGAGCGAGGAAGUUAGCAUCAAGGAGAUUACCUGGAACAUUAGCCGUUAG